AUGUUUCCGGCAAUCGAUUUGCUCGCCCUCCACCUUGCUGUGGGACUGGCUUUCCCGAUCAGAUGGUGCUUCGGGACAUGACGAACUACCGGCAUUUCCACGUGGUGUGAGACUGUUCGACCAAUGCCAACGCUGUUCUCGGCCAUAUAAAGAAUCUAGUGUCAGCACGCUUUCGACUUCAUCCUCGAGCAUCCCCAAUCACAUUCGCUCAGAUUCAAUUACAACCGGGGCUCAAGAUGCCAGUAUUCUCUCGUUUGGCCGUGGCCGUUCAGCUCUUCGGUGUUAUCCUUACUCCUGCUCUUGCUGCAGCGACCGCGCAAGAAUAUGAUUAUGUUAUCGUUGGUGGAGGUGUUACUGGUUUGGUUGUGGCAAACCGUCUGACAGAAGACAGUGGUGUGUCUGUUUUGGUCAUUGAAAGUGGUGAAUCAGUCGACAGUCCCGGAAAUAUGAUUCCUUUUAAGGCCAAUGAUCUUACCAGUGCCAAUGGCCUGAUGUGGGAUGGCCUCACAUCCCUUCCUGAGCCUGGUCUAGGUAACUCGACAUAUAACGUCCUAGUUGCCAAAGUCCUCGGUGGUGGUUCAGUCGUGAAUGGGAUGGUCUACGAUCGUGGCUCUGCUGCUGACUACGAUGCUUGGGAGGCUCUAGGCAACGACGGAUGGGGCUGGGCAGGAAUGGAACCUUUCUUCAAGAAGGGUACUACCUUCCAGCCUCCUUCUGCCGCUAUCGCCGAGGCUUUCAACAUCACCUGGGAUCCCGACACAUAUGGCAAUGGUCCUCUAGCUGUCAGUAUCACCGACACCCAGUAUCCGGAUAUCAAGGACUACUGGGCAGCAUGGAAAGCUACCGGUAUUCAUGUUCCAGAGGAUGGUAACAACGGUGAGGCAUACGGCCCUUCUUGGUAUGCCAAUACCAUGGACAAGAAAACUGGUCGCCGGGCACACGCACGCUACGCGUACAUCGACCCUAUCUCUCAGCGAACGAAUUUGAACAUCCUGACCAGGGCCACCGCCCAAAAGGUCAUUUUUGACAACAGCCUAACCGCCACCGGUGUCGAGAUUAUUGAUGCCACUGGCAAGACCUCAGUGGUAAAUGCCAAGAAAGAGGUCGUCCUCGCCGCUGGUGCUAUCCAGACCCCGAAGCUGCUUCAGCUCAGUGGAGUGGGUCCCAGGCCAGUCUUGGAGGCUGCAGGCGUGACGGUGAAGGUCGAGCUCGAUGCGGUCGGUUCCAACUUCCAGGACCACCCUUACGCCACCGUGGUCUUCAACACUACAUCUGUUCACUCCCCUAGCCCCAACUCGCUGAUGACUAACGCCACAUUCAACGCUUCUGCCUGGGCUCAAUAUGAAGCCGACAAGACUGGUCCUUAUACGGUCGCCCGUGGAAAUGCUCUUGCAUUCAUCUCCCUGCCUGAUAUGACUUCGGACGUCAGUGCAGUUGUUGAUAGCCUGAACAGCCAGCAAGAUGAUUCAUACCUCCCGGGCUUCUACAAGGGCAACGAGAAGCUGCUGAAGGGGUUCGCUGCACAGAAGAAGGUCAUCGCUGGUCUCUUCCAGCGCAAAGACGCCGCUGUUGCCGAGUUCCCUGUCCCUGCUGAUGGCUCUUACGGCCUCGUUGGUGUCGAGAAGCCCCUGUCCCGUGGUUUCGUUCACAUCAAUGCUGAGAACCCGACCGGAUCUCCCGACAUCAUCCACAACGCCUUUGUCAACCCUAUCGACAGGAGCGUCAUGGCGAUUGGCCUUCGCUUCUUCCGCACUGUCUGGGCUCGGCCCGAACUCAAGGAGUACAAGAUCAGCGAGACGGUUCCUGGUGCUCAGUACACCUCUGAUGAUGACAUUUUCUCUGCUCUCCUUGCCUCAGGAUUUUUGUCACCUACCCUUGCGCAUCCUUCUGGAUCCUGUCCCAUGAUGCCUGAGAACGAUGGUGGCUGUGUCAGCGACAAGCUCCUGGUCUAUGGCACAACGCAUCUUUCCAUUGUUGACGCCUCUAUCAUUCCUAUCAUCCCUUCGUGCCAUUUACAAGCUACCGCUUACGGUAUUGGAGAGAAGGCUGCUGCUAUAAUUAAGAGCAGAGCAUAGGCUUGUCGACCUUCGUUUGAGCCAAAGCUUCUCAUAUACAUUAAAUUAUAAGCACGUUCUGACACUGAUCCGAUUCUGUGUUUGUGACUCCUAAAGUGAACCCAUGACACGUGAUGUACAAGGUUGUGUCGCUCGGUGGGGCAGUCCUAUUGUGGUGGGCCGUGACAUCCGCAGGCCAUCGGUCACAUAACACCGAGCCGUGC